ACUUGACAACGUUGGUUGUGUGGGCUAACCAAUAAAAACACACCACGAAAUUUCAUGUUGGCGGAAGGCAAGAGGCUUAUUUUUAUACCGGUUGUGUUUUAAGAGUUUUUCAGUUAAGUUCAGAAAUUUGUCGAAAUUAUUCGUUAAAGGGUCGGAGCUUUCCUAAACACAACAAACAUGAUCCGAUUUAUUGGUUUUAUCUUACUUGUAAGCAACUGUUUCGCCUUGUACCCAACACGAGGAAAUGUUAUCGAACUCACCCCAAAUAAUUUUGAUUCGUCAGUAAUCAAAAGCGAUGAAAUUUGGAUUGUGGAAUUUUUUGCUCCCUGGUGUGGGCACUGUCAGAAUCUUGUUCCUGAGUAUACCAAAGCAGCUAAUGCAUUAAAGGGUGUUGUGAAAGUUGGGGCUGUAAAUGCAGAUGAACAUAAAGAACUGGGGGGAAGGUAUGGAGUUAGAGGUUUCCCAACAAUCAAAAUAUUUGGAGCCAAUAAAAAUAAACCAGAAGACUUUAAUGGAGCAAGAACAGCAGAAGGUAUUGUUCAAGCAGCACUUGCAGCAGCAAAAGCUAAAGUAAAAGCAGCUUUGGGUGGGAGUAGCGGAUCUUCUGGAGGCUCAUCUGAUAAUGGCAACAGUGAUGAUGUGAUUGAACUGACUGAUAGCAAUUUUGAUAAGUUGGUUCUACAGUCAGAUGACAUGUGGCUUGUUGAGUUCUUUGCUCCAUGGUGUGGUCAUUGCAAAAAUUUAGCACCACACUGGGCAAAAGCUGCAACAGAACUAAAGGGAAAAGUUAAACUUGGAGCCCUCGAUGCAACAACUCAUUCUGCAAAAGCAUCUCAAUAUGGCGUUCAAGGUUAUCCCACAAUCAAAUUCUUUCCCCCUGGACCUAAAAGUGCGGAUGCAGCCGAAGAAUAUGAUGGUGGACGUACUUCAAGUGACAUUGUAACUUGGGCUCUUGAAAAACUAGCAGAAAGCAUUCCAGCCCCUGAGGUACAACAAAUAACAAAUAACGCACUGUUCAAGGAUUCUUGUGAAGAGAAACCAUUAUGUGUAGUAGCUGUGCUUCCACAUAUCUUGGAUUGUCAAUCCCAGUGCAGGAAUGAUUAUAUUAAACUAUUAACUGAAUUAGGAGACAAAUUCAAAAAGAAGAUGUGGGGAUGGGCAUGGUCAGAAGCUGGUGCACAACCUGAAUUAGAAAAUGCGGUCGACAUUGGCGGCUUUGGAUAUCCUGCUAUGGCUGUUAUCAACACAAAGAAAAUGAAAUAUUCGAUACUAAGAGGGUCCUUUUCAAAAGAUGGCAUCUAUGAAUUUUUAAGGGAUCUCUCAUAUGGAAAGGGUAAUACAGCUCCAGUGAAAGGUCAAGAGAUUCCAAAAAUUGCCUCCAUUGAACCAUGGGACGGUAAAGAUGGUGAGCUUCCUGUAGAAGAAGAUAUUGAUCUCUCUGACGUAGAAUUAGAUGGGAAAGAUGAACUGUGAAAUCCAAAAGACUUACUAGAUACUUGUAUGUAAAUUAUUUCAUUAUUUGUAAAUUUAACAAAAUCAUGGAAACUAGACUUACCCAAUAACUUAGUUUUUCUAAGUGUAAAAAUUCAUAUUUGUUAAUAAAUUUUUUUUAUAAAUAAUAUAUAUACACCAAA